AUGUUUCUUAAACAGAAGACUUCCAAGUGGCUCACUGGUUUUAUUCAGAAAGUCACCAUCAGCAUCAAAAAAUCAGAAAUAAAGAAUCAGUCAGCAGUGAAUGAAUUUAUACUGGUCGGUCUAACCAAUUCACCGGAAUUACAGACAAUUCUCUUUUGGUUAUUCACAUCCAUAUAUGCAAUGGCACUACUUGGUAACUUCCUCCUCAUCUUGACCAUUUGCAGUUGCAAGAAACUCCACACUCCUAUGUACUUUCUGCUCAUCAAUUUGUCCUUAGUCAAUGUGUUCUCUAUCUCAGUUACAACUCCAAAGAUGCUUCAGACUCUUUUGACCCACAGAAAGGUCAUCUCCUUUUACGGUUGCAUCACACAAGUGUAUCUCUUCAUAUGGGCUUUGGGGACAGAAGUUCUACUUCUUUCAAUGAUGGCUUUUGACCGCUAUGCUGCCAUCUGCCACCCUUUGCAGUACACCAUCAUCAUGAGGAAGGAAGUGUGUGCUGUGAUGGCAAUAGGAGCAUGGGUUGUCGGAAUAGUGAAUUCUGCAGUUCAUGUUGGACUGAUAGUUCAGCUGUCCUUCUGCAAUUCCAACAUCAUCAACCAUUUUUAUUGUGAUGUACCCCCACUUUUAAAGCUCUCCUGCUCGGACACCAGCCUGAAUGAGACGGUAACUUUCGUGGCAGAUGUUAUCUUUGGAGUAUGUAGCUGUGGGUUGACUCUAACAUCAUAUUGCUUUAUUCUGAGAGCUAUCUUCAGAAUCAGCUCCACUGAAGGCAAGAAGAAAGCUUUCUCGACAUGUUCCUCCCAUCUCACUGUAGUCAGUUUUUACUUUUCUGCAAUCAUUUAUAUGUACAUCAGGCCUUCCUCAGUUUCCUCUCUAGACCAAGACAAAGUUGUUUCUCUCAUUUAUUCAGUGGUAACUCCAGUUCUUAAUCCCCUUAUCUAUUCCCUGAGAAACAAAGAGGUAAAGGAAGCAAUCAGGAAACUAACUAGAAGAGGCAGAAUGCUUCAAAGGCAAUGA